ACACGCCCAGAACGUGACUGUCGAUGAAAUCAUGACUGCCUACAAACAAGCCUGCCAGAAGCUGAACUGCAAGCAGAUACCCAAACUCCUGAAGCAGAUACAGGAAUUUAAAGAUCUGGCUCCCAGGAUAGACUGCUUAGAUCUGAAAGGGGAGAAGCUGGAUUACAAAGCCUGUGAGGCGCUGGAAGAAAUUUUCAAGCGGGUCCAGUUCAAAAUUGUCGAUUUGGAGCAGACGAGCUUGGAUGAAGACGGCGCCUCGGCGUUGUUUGACAUGAUCGAGUACUACGAGUCAGCGACGCACCUCAACAUCUCCUUUAACAAACACAUCGGCACCCGAGGCUGGCAGGCAGCUGCCCACAUGAUGAGGAAGACAAACUGCCUGCAGUACCUGGACGCCCGAAACACGCCGCUGCUGGACCACUCGGCGCCUUUCGUGGCGCGCGCCCUGCGCAUCAGCAGCAGCCUGGUUGUCCUGCACCUGGAGAACGCCAGCCUCUCCGGACGCCCACUCAUGCUGCUGGCCACAGCUCUGAAGAUGAACAUGAACCUGCGGGAGCUCUACCUGGCCGAUAACAAGCUGAGCGGGCUGCAGGACUCGGCUCAGCUCGGCAACCUGCUGAAAUUCAACAGCUGCAUACAGAUACUCGACCUGAGGAACAACCACAUCCUGGACUCAGGCUUGGCGUACAUCUGCGAAGGGCUGAAGGAGCAGCGGAGGGGGCUGGUGACGCUGGUUUUGUGGAACAACCAGCUGACUCACACUGGCAUGGCCUACCUGGGGAUGACGCUGCCGCACACGCAGAGCCUGGAGACCCUCAACUUGGGCCACAACCCCAUCGGGAACGAAGGCGUCCGCAACCUGAAGAACGGGCUGAUCGGGAACCGCUCGGUGCUUCGCCUGGGCUUGGCGUCCACCAAGCUGACCUGUGAAGGUGCCGUGGCGGUGGCGGAGUUUAUUGCGGAGAGCCCGCGGCUGCUGCGCCUGGACCUGCGAGAGAACGAGAUCAAGACGGGCGGCCUCAUGGCCUUGUCGCUCGCUCUGAAGGUCAACCACUCCCUGCUGCGCCUCGAUUUGGACAGGGAGCCCAAGAAAGAGGCGGUAAAAAGUUUCAUCGAAACCCAGAAGGCUCUCCUGGCUGAGAUCCAGAACGGCUGCAAGCGCAACUUCGUGCUGGCCAAAGAGAAGGAGGAGAAGGAACAGAAGCUGCAGCAGUCGGCCUCGAUGCCGGAGAUCGCGGUGACAGAGCCUCUGGAGGAGGGCUCAGCAGAGGAUGGCCGGGACGGCAGCGCCGGCUCCGCUGCGGAAGAGGGGGAAGAAGUGGGGGAGACCCCGACGGCCUCGGAGAACGGGGCGACGGAGCCGGCAGAGGACGACGACGGUGACGUGACGGACUCCGAUUCGGACACGGAUGAGGAGGUGGACCCUGGGUUCGAGACGAAGGACUCGAGCGUCCCCCCAAAACACCCCGACGGCACUACUGUGCCCCAGCCGUCCCCGGAGGAGCCGAGGGACCGACCCCCCCUGCUGCCCAUCGCCGAGGAACCACAGCACGAUGCCAGCGCGGGGAGUCCCGCCGCCUCUCCGGCCCCCGCGCCCUCCCAGGGCAACGAGAGAAGGAUUUCAGUUUCCAGUCCCGGGCGAGGCCAUAAAAUCUUUGUGGUGACACGGGUGGAGAGCCUGCUGGAGCGAGCUGCCGAGGAUGCCGCGAGACUAGGCCCGGCUCCGGCCACAAAACCUGAACUCCUGGCGCCCCGGGCCAACGGGGCCGUUCCUGAACCCGCUGCCAGCUCGGCAGCACCCAGCACCGGCUCCGAGCCCAAGCGGGGCGACCCCUCGGCCUGCGAGAACGUGCCCCACGACACUCCCCUCCCCAACGGCCUGAAGGUGGAUUUUGCACGAGCGCUGCCGGAAACGCCCUCGGAUGGCAACGGGAAAAUGGGGAGCUGUGCCGCCGAGCACGAGCUGAGCUGCUCCAAGAACGAGCAGGAGCUGGAGGAGCUGCUCCUCGAGGCCAGCCAGGACUCGGGGCAGGAGCCACUGUGAGUGCAGGUCCUGGGGGGUGGCUCGGCAUUGAGGGGAGGCUCUGGUGUAGCUUUAUUCUCUUCCCACUCCACACAACGAUUAAGAAACCAACCUCGGGCUUCAGGACAAAGGGUUAUUUUUUAAAAAUUUCCCCCUCCCCCCCCACCCCAAAAAAAAAACCAAAACACUUUCCUGCCCCUGGACUCUUCCUCAGGCACCCAA